UUCCGCAUCUAUUCCUACACACCCAGGUCUCUUCUUACCGCGUGUGGCCUACCUGCCCACCCGCCUCCUGCGAUGCCGUUCACAAUCAAUAACCCGCUCCCGUCUUCCCUCAAAAGCGAGUGCAGCAAGGCGGGCAAAAUCCUCACGUCGUUCGUCGACCCGCGGCAAGCCUUUGGCCCCGAUAAAAUCAUCCCCCCGCAGAUCCUAGCCAAUGCAAAGGGCCUUGCAAUUCUUACCGUCUUCAAGGCCGGAUUUCUCGGUACCGCACGUUUUGGCUCCGGCGUCGUCGUCGCUCGCCUCGCAGAUGGCUCUUGGUCGGCUCCCUCGGCCAUCGGAUCGCUCGGCGCGGGUUUCGGUGGACAGCUUGGCUUCGAGCUCACAGAUUUCGUCUUCAUUCUCAACGAUGCGAAUGCCGUAAAGACUUUUGCACAGGCUGGAUCGCUGACUUUCGGAGGCAAUGUGUCAAUCGCCGCUGGUCCCGUAGGACGAAAUGCCGAAGCCGCUGGCGCAGCGAGUUUGAGGAGUGUGGCGGGUAUCUUCAGUUACAGCAAGACAAAGGGUCUGUUUGCUGGUGUCAGUCUGGAAGGUAGUGGCAUGAUCGAGCGCAGAGAUGCCAAUGAGAAGUUAUACGGUCGCAGGUGGACGGCGCGGGAGCUACUGAGCGGGCAGGUGCAGUCACCCCCCGCUGCCGAUCCGCUGAUGCGCGUUCUCAACUCGCGAGUCUUUGCCGGCGUUGCAGGCGCCGCAGCCAAUACCGACGCUAUGUACAACGACAUUCCAGUCUACGACGACGCGCACGACAAUGUCGUCUGGCAGGGACGCCGCGGCUCAGCCUAUGGGGAGGGUGUAAGAUCCAAUAGAACGGGAUCCGUAGGCACCUCCGAAGGCGAGUACGUCUAUCGCGACAGACCCUCUCGUGCCAGCACCUGGCAAGACGACGUCUACGAUCGCCAACCCAAUUCCGCGCCUCUUGGCCGUUCCUUCUCUACCCGCGCAAACCCCAACGAGACCUUCGAUCGUUUCGAUCAAAGCAGCAACAAUCGAGCCAGCACCGGCUCUGGCUUCGGAGACGACUUCUUUGGAGGGAAACCGACCAGGCCGACGGCUCCUAAGCCUAAAUUCGCAACGCGGGCCAGUGCUGGCCCCGGUCAGGCCAUUGCCAAAUUCACCUUUGAUGCAGACCAGCCUGGAGAUUUGGGCUUCAAGAAAGGGGAGGUCAUUACCAUUCUCAAGAGGACCAAUAACGAGACAGAUUGGUGGACAGGUCGCGUCGGCGAUCGCGAAGGCAUAUUCCCAAGGUAA